UUCCCAAAUCAAAUUGCAAUGAAAAUGAGAAGAGUGAGCCAGUGUGAAAAUCCGCCAAAGGGUCGCACACACAUACACAAUGUACGUUUCUAUAAUUUGCAACCACGUUCCAUACACUGUAUGGCCUACAAUACAAUUUGGAAGAAAUUGGCUGUGUCGAGAAAUGAUGGCUCAAUUGAAAUCUGGGAUGUACGACAUGCUCCUUGUUUAGAACGUACCAUUCCCAAGAGUCCACAAAAUUCGGUUGAAGGUUUAGCCUGGUCGGCGGAACGUUUAUUCAGUGCUGGUCUCAAUGGAGAAUUGGUCGAGUGGAAUUUACAAACGCUGCAGCCUCGUUUCAAACAGCAUGUCACGGGCAAUGCCAUCUGGUGUAUUGAUGUGAACCGGGAGGGCAAUGAAAUGGCCAUUGGCACAGAAGAAGGCUACAUCAACAUAUUCAACAUCGAGGACAAUCAAUUCCAAUACAAAACAUUGUUUGAUAAGCAAGAAGGUCGUGUGUUGUGCUGUCGUUUUGAUGCAACGGGUAACUUCUUGGUUACCGGUUCCAUGGGUGCCAUACGUAUCUGGGAUACACGUACCGGACAUGCCAUACAUAAAAUGACGGUAACAUCGAUGCAAUAUCCUCAGGAUACCAUUGUUUGGUCGAUACAAGUUCUUCAAGAUUUCACAAUAAUAUCCGGUGAUUCACGGGGUCAUGUUAGUAUUUGGGAUGGCAAAACAGCAUCACAACUGGAAACACAUCAAGCAUUAAAGGCCGAUGUGUUGGCUGUGGCCGUCAAUGAGGAAGAAGAUAAGCUAUUUUGUGCCGGCAUAGAGCCAACCAUACGAAUCUAUGCAAAGACACAAAUCAAACGUGACGAUAUGAUGUAUUAUAGAUGGGUGAAAUUUUUGCAACGUCGUGUUCACGAUCACGAUGUUAAGGCGUUGGUGUGUGCUCAAGAUAAUAUAUAUUCGGGUGGUGUUGAUGGCUAUUUGGGUAUAUCGUCGGCAACAAAGACUCGAUCAACCAUUCAUAAAUAUGGACCAUUUUUGCAGCAACCCUGUGUAACAAUUUCACCCGCCGAACGUCUUGUGUUAUUAAGUUAUGCUCAUUCAUUGGAAAUAUGGCGUAUGGGUUCAACAAAUGGCAGUGUAGAAUUGGGUCAUCAAGAGCAAUCUAAGACAGAACCAAAACUAUUAUCACUCCUUACGAUACCUGAAAAACUUUUAGAAUUUAAAAGUCGAAAUGAAGAGCGUAUUGUCUGCUCGACACUAUCGCCCAAUGGUCGCUGGCUCUGCUACUCCACACACAGUGAAAUACGUCUAUUUCAUUUUGUUCCUGGCACGCCCAGUGAUGAAGGGGGUGAGGGUGGUGAUGAAAAUAAACGUGAAACAAAAUUGAUACGAGUUAAAGAUCUACCCGAACAAAUGGAACCCGCAUCACAUGUACAAUUUACAGCUGAUUCAAUGCGCUUGAUCGUCGUCAAUCGUAAAAGUAAACACAUUAUGAUAUUUGCAAUGCUUGAAAAUGUCAACGAAAGAGAUUUGAAUAUCUCCACUACACCGCCAUUGGAUUUUGUGGAAUUUAUUGAUACCAGUAAACACAUUAAGGACUCCAUAAAGCUGUUCACAGUAUCGGUGUGUGGCUCAUAUAUUGCGGCUGCCAGCACUGAUCGUUCAAUUGCCGUGUGGUCUGUAUAUAAGGGUAAACAUUUUAAACAUUUACUUAACUUACCCAGAUAUACAGCGGCCACAACUGCUCUGAGUAUACACGCCGAACAGCCACGUGUGGUUGCUGCCUUUGCUGAUGGUAAAAUAUUUGAAUACGACUUAGAGGAGAUGUGUUUCACCUGCUCCGAUGUUGAUCGUUUUGUUGCCAAUUCCGAAUAUUAUUGCAUAGAAAAUAUUCUACUCGAUCCACGUAAUCCGAAUAUAUUUGUCAUGCAAAAUGAUUCCAAGCUGUUUGUUUUGGAAAAAUGCAAAGCCCGCGAGAAAAUCGAAGAUGCAGUUGUGGAAAAUUCCAAAAAGAAAUCAUUAAAGAAAAUGAAAACCCACGACGACGAUGAGACAAAAGUCUACAGUUUACGUUUGAAAAUGGAAAAGACCUAUGAGAACCUUUUAUAUUUGGGUUGGUUAAGUAGUGAUGAAUUGAUAACUGUUUCCGCCAAUCCAACGUCACUCAUUGAACGCCUGCCAAGUCCAUUUAAAGAGAAACUCUUUAGAACUAUGUAGAGCAUGUACUGUAAUAUAUAUAUUAUAUGUUAUUGUUUUAAGUUUAUUG